UUGACCAAGCUAUAACCUACAGCUCUUACAUAACAAGUUGCUACAGCUAUUGAAUUUGAUCUGAAAACUCCUAAAUUAAACAUGGAGUCCGGACUACUAUAAUCGAAACCCCCUUUCCUUUGUUUCGCAUUUUCAUCCUGAAAAAAUUCAACGCCAAAAAGAGAUCAAGUUGGAACCCACAGCAAAGAUGGGGGGAUGGAGAAACGCAGUUCAAGAGGCUGCUGCUUCUAAACCGCUGUUUCUGACGAUAUACACCACCAUUAUCGUGGGGAUAGUGGCGACUUCUUUUUAUGUGUUCUCCGCCAUUUACUCUCCAUCCGCUCCCACCAGCACCCAGUCUAUCUCUACUUCUUGGCUUUCCUCCCCUCCUCUCUCCCAAAAUGGUGGUUCUAAUUUCAGUAACAACAUUUCUCAACCAACAGACAAAGCAUCACAACCUGGUAGCAACCAGUUGAAAACUAUAUGGGAGGCUCCGCCUAGUAAUUCGAAAAUGCCACCUUUGGAGUCCUUUAAAUUAACAAAAGAACUGGUUGGAGAAAGGGCGAAAGACAAUGUCAUUAUUGUCACCUUUGGCAACUUUGCGUUUAUGGAUUUCAUCUUGACUUGGGUUAAACACUUGACGGAUCUUGAUGUUUCUAAUCUUCUUGUUGGUGCUAUGGACACCAAACUGUUGGAGGCUUUGUAUUGGAAAGGUGUUCCAGUAUUUGAUAUGGGCAGCCAUAUGAGCACAAUAGAUGUUGGAUGGGGCUCUCCUACAUUUCAUAAAAUGGGGAGAGAGAAAGUAUUACUUAUAAAUGCUAUACUUCCUUUUGGUUAUGAGCUAUUGAUGUGUGAUACAGACAUGGUGUGGCUCAAGGAUCCGCUUCCAUAUCUUGCUCAGUACCCUGAUGCUGAUAUCUUAACUUCAAGCGACCAAGUUGUGCCAACAGUUGUUGAUGACAGAUUGGCUGAUUGGAAACAAGUUGGUGCUGCCUACAAUAUAGGAAUUUUCCACUGGCGGCCGACAGAGCCUGCCAUAAAACUGGCAAAAGAAUGGAAAGAUAUGCUUUUAGCUGAUGACAAGAUAUGGGAUCAGAAUGGAUUUAAUGAACUUGCACGCAAGCAGACAGGGCCAGCCGUUGAUGAUGAUAGUGGACUUUUUUAUGCGUUUGAUGGAACUCUCAAGCUGGGAAUUCUACCAGAAAGUAUAUUUUGUAGUGGACACACUUAUUUUGUUCAGGCCAUGUAUGAACAACUUAGGCUGGAGCCAUAUGCAUUGCACACUACAUUCCAGUAUGGUGGUACUGAAGGGAAGCGUCAUCGGCUGCGGGAGGCCAUGGUUUUCUAUGAUCCACCAGAGUACUAUGAUGCACCAGGAGGAUUCUUGUCAUUUAAACCUUCUAUUCCGAAGAGCUUGUUAUUGGAUGGGGAGCAUAAUCUAGAAUCACACUUCUCUCUUAUUAAUUACCAAAUGAAACAAAUAAGGUCGGCACUUGCCAUCGCUUCAUUGUUGAACCGUACACUGGUUAUGCCUCCAUUAUGGUGCCGAUUGGAUAGACUAUGGUUUUCACAUCCUGGAGUUCUGGAGGGGUCAAUGACUAGGCAACCUUUUCUCUGCCCUUUGGACCAUGUUUUUGAGGUAAAUGUUAUGUUGAAAGACCUUCCAGAAGAGGAAUUCGGCCCUGAAAUCAACAUCAGAGAGUACUCAUUUCUCAACAAUCCAUUAUUACCCCAACAAGUAAAAGAGUCAUGGCUUGAUGUUCAGCUUUGUCAAGAAGGAACUGAAGAUUGCCAUGCAUCAAGUAACACAAGUCGACCAGGUCUUUUAAGAUUCCCAAAAAACAGUACUGAAGAAAUGUUCAAAACAGUAUUCUCUUCAUUCAAGGAUGUCAAAGUCAUCCAAUUCUCUUCAAUGCAAGGUGCCUUUUACAGUUUCACCGAUAAGACAAGAGAGGGGAAAUUCAGGAACCGUAUGAAGAGGUAUGUAGGUAUAUGGUGCUGUGUAGAAAACCACACUCCUGGACAUAUAUAUUACGACAUGUAUUGGGAUGAGAAACCAGGUUGGAAACCUGCCCCACCCCAAACCCCAGAGGAGGAUCACCCGCCUUUCUAAGGCGCUCCCCCAACCAAGCAUUUGGAGUAUCAUCAUUUUUUUAGUCUAAAUAUUGCCAAGUUUUGGGAGACAGAAAAAGAGAUGCAGAAACAGAUAAAUGUGUUGAAAGUUAGUCUGGUCUCAUUCCUAACACAGUCAGAAACCAGAAAUGAAGUGUAUUCAUAUUUGGAUAUGGGAUGAGGUUGUAUUGACACUAACUAUUCAGAAGAAAAAUGUCUGAAAUCUGACAUAAACCCUUACUUGUGUACCCAUAGGUCCAAAAAUUUUGACUGUGUUUUGCCUUUCUCCAAUACAAAUAGGGGGGAAAAGGAGAAAUGAAGCUAAUAAUUUGAAGAAAGUUAUAGUGCAUACUGAAGGACCUUUCAUGUCCGGCUUACAACUUGUUUUAUAAGAUGAUUUUGUUUUUUUAACAUAACAUGUAUUUCUUUUAUUGUAAAAGUCUUGGCUUUGUUACUUAAUUAUUAUUGCUAUUUACUUAAA